UUUAUUAAUAAGUUCUCACAGUGGUUUUAAGUAGAGUGACAGAAACAACAGAUACAUACUGCUGUUUUAAAAGAGGGUAAAAAAUACUGCAUUUAUAUAAAUAAUAACAGUAGAGCUCAAUACAUUUGAUAUUCUUUCUUCACACCUGACAGACUUCAUUAAAUUCACCUUUGCUCAUUUACAAACACUGAAACCUCACUGGUAGGAUAAAUUAUUGUUGUGGAAAUCACAUUUGUCAAGAAGUGCUUAAGGGAGAGCGAGUAAGCUGCUGCUUUGGACGUCAUUAGGCUUCUGUUGCCUAGUGAUGCAACACAUUACACACCAGGCAUGAAUCCACUAUUCGCUCCUGUAUUCCACCCCUGCAUAUGAAAUCGAAUCAAUGCAGUCCUUAGCAAAAUUAGACUUAUUGCCUUCUGGGUGCAGACAGACAGGGUAGGCGGGGUAGCCAAAGUGUGAGGUAGAAAGAGGAGAAAAAGUAGAGAGCGACCAGACAGACACAUUCACACACACACUCUGCCACAGAGAAACUAUUUCAGUCAUGGCCUCAGAGACGGAGAUAGAGCUGGAGUUCACCGAAGACCUGCAGCUGACUGAGGUGAUGCGGCUAAGGGUUCAGUCUCUGCAGCAGCGCGGGCAGAAGAGGCAAGACGGUGAGCGGCUGCUUCUGCCCCAUGAGGCAGUGUACCGGCUGGACUUCUCCGAUCAGGAACUGACAUUCUCUCACUGGAGCGUGACCCUGACUGGGCCGGGCCGCCUCUCAGUUACAGGUAUCUCACAGCUGUGGACGCCUGACCUCACCAACCUGAUGACGCGCCAGCUCCUGGAGCCCACGGGCCAGUUUUGGAGGACAGCCGGCGACCCAGAAGACGUGCCCAUUAAAUGUUUGGAGGCUGACAUCCAGGAAUUUGGAGAGCGGAUCGCUGAGUUGGCCAAGGUCAGAAAGGUCAUGUAUUUCCUGUUCGCCUUCAAGGAGGGAGUGGAGAAAAGCGGCAUCAAGUGCUCAGUGGUGUUCAAGAGUAACGCUCAAGCUGGCUCAUGAGUUUGAAAGCAACGGAAAGCUUUUGAUGUUAUAUUGUUAUUAAUAUUCUGAAACUGAAUACUGAUGCUUAUGCUGACUAACUAAUCAUUUGCCUCGUUUAUACCCAACUGCCAAGUAGAGAAUAAUUUAAUAGCAAACAUGGGAUUGUCAUAAGAGUUUAUCAGACUAAUUUAGGGAUAAAUAAAUGUAUAUAAAUAAAAUAUAUAUAUAUAUAUAAGCACAUACCUUGCCCAAAAUGCUGCUUUAAGUAUAAUUAUUUUUGUGAAACUUACAUAUAUAUUAACCUAACAGAGCAUAUAUUAGAUACAGAGCAUUUUAACAAAAUGUAAAUGAAGUAAUAUUACACUUAUAUUAGAGACGGUGUUGAUAGAAAAAAUGUAUUCGCUUACACCACCUCCAAUGUUCUUCCUCAAAUAUUACAAAUAUAUUAUUUAUAAAUAAACGAAAAACAUUUAUUUGUGAAAAGCUCAAAAUAUAAACAUAUGUAAAACUAUUAAAAUCAAAGAGCUCUAUCAAUUAAAUAUUUUUAACAUGUGUCAGCGUCUCUUCAUUAAUAUCUGUGUGUGUGUGUGUGUGUGUGUGUGUGUGUGUGUGUGUGUGUGUGUGUGUACAGAAAUCCAAUCAGACAUUCAGUUGUUCAUUCUUCGCUGCAAUGUCAGUCCUAUCAGACAUUAGGUCACUGUACACUUUAAUCAAUAUUGCAGUUCAUGAUUAUGUCCUACCUCAGGCAAACAGAGUGGUGGCAAACAUUACAGCUUUCACUAUCAGUCGAUAUAUAUGACAUUCAAAAGCUUGUGGUGUCAUUUGAACAGUCCCACAUUAUGCUCCUAAUGAGUCCCAAGCUCUGUCUGUUUAAGACAAUGCACCGUUCAGACAUAACUUUAUGACCACCUAUCUAAUAUUGUUUUGGUCCCCCUUUUGCUGCAACAACAGUUCUGACCCGUCGAGCAUCAACAGCAUUGACCUGCUUCAGCAAUUUGAGCUACAGAAGCUCAUCUGUUGAAUCAGACCACAUCAGCCAGCCUUCACUCCCCACGUGCAUUAAUGACCCUGUCAC